AUGGCUCCGCAGCGGCGGGCGCUGCCCCGCGGCCCCGACAGCGCCGGGCCGGUACCGGGACCGGGCCGCGGGAGCCGCCGGCACAGCAGCGCCAGGAAGGGCAGAUCCCAGCAGGAUCCCCGGGCAAGGUGGCUGAAGGCAGCGAUGCUCCUCCUCCUCUUCCUCUGCGCCGCGGCCGGCGGCGGCCUCGUGGUCUGGAGCCGCGUCCGCACCCAGGAUGGGAUCCCCGAGGGUGGAAUCCCCGGAGAUGGGGUCCCCGAGGGUGGAAUCCCCGCAGACGCGGUCACCGAGGUGCUGGCCCAUCGCAGUGACACCCUGCAGGACAAGUUCGUGGAGGUGCCGUGCUCCGAGGACUACGAGAGCCACCGGCGCUUUGCAGGUUGCACUCCUAGGAAGUGUGGAAGAGGUGUGACAGAUGCUGUCAUCACAAGGGAAGAAGCUGAAAGAAUUCGUAGAAUAGCAGAGAGGGGACUGUCCUUGGGAGGAUCUGAUGGAGGGGCAUCAAUUCUGGACUUGCACUCUGGAGCUCUUUCCCUGGGGAAGCAUUUUGUUAAUCUGUACAGGUACUUUGGGGACAAAAUUCAAGACAUCUUCACAGAAGAGGAUUUUGCCUUAUACAGGGAUGUGAGGCAGAGGAUUCAGCAGAGGAUUGCUCAGGUGUUUGGGAUCAGCUCUUCUGCCUUGUACCUGACCAAGCCAACCUUCUUCUCCAGGAUGAACAGCACAGGGGCCAAGACAACACAUGAUGAGUACUGGCACCCACACGUGGACAAGGUGACUUAUGGCUCUUUUGACUACACUUCUCUGCUCUAUCUCUCUGACUACUCCAGAGACUUCGGGGGUGGACGUUUCGUGUUCAUGGAUGCAGAUUCCAACAAGACAGUGGAGCCCCGAGCAGGCCGGGUGUCGUUCUUCACCUCGGGCUCGGAGAACCUGCACCGGGUGGAGAGGGUGCAGUGGGGCACUCGCUUUGCCAUCACCAUCUCCUUCAGCUGCGACCCCCAGCACGGCAUCGGGGACCCCGGGGUGACAGGGCACCAUCCCUGAGGGCCCUGCAGGGACAGACCCCGGGGUGACACCACAUCCCUGAGGGCCCUGCAGGGACAGACCCCCGGGUCACAGGGCACCAUCCCUGAGUGC